AUGGCGACCUCGGAAAGAAUAACGGUCCAUAACCUGGCCGACCUGAAGAAUACCUCGGACGAUGCGCUCCCAAACUACCUGAACUCCCUGAAGUUCACUCAAUCCCACACCUUGACCGAUGUUCGCCUCGCCCUCGGCUGGGGUGCUUUCCUCAUUGCCGCCGCCUGCUUCGGCUGGGACUACCAGUUCGGAUUCAACAGCACAAAGUACUACACGGCCGCUGCUGUGGUGCUCUACACGAUGCUCAAUGGCGCUCUGACGCUAUGGAUCUGGCUCAAGGAAGCGGGCACCGUGUAUGAGGGUACAUCACCAUCUGGCGAAAAGGUCAACAUUGCGACCUCGACGAAGAAGAACGUACCAGUCUACAACAUGAAGAUCACGAUUACCUCAAAGAACGGCGAAAAGAAGACUCUCGAACUUGCGAAGCCCUUCAAUGAGUGGUUCGACUCCCAAGGCCACUUCGUCGUCACGCCCUUCCAAGAGAUCCUCGCGACCAACAUCCCCACUAUCGGCAAGCUCGACCCUAAGCGCGUGAAGUCCGCCUCUCAGACAUACUCUGCCGACGUCCUCGAUGCUCUGUACGCGGAGAGUACCGCAUCGGGAAGUGGUGCGGAGGCGGCAGCUAAGGGUUCCAGCAAGAGACGCAAGGCGUAG